AUGCCGCUGCCCGCUGAUGGCAGCAGCUUCUACAGCCUGAUGCUGUGGGCGGCCGCCGCGCCGCUGCCGGACAGUGUGCGGCCCGGCCUGGUGUCCUAUGUUGUUCUGUGUUUGGGAACCUUUCUGGGCAGCACGGUGACGGGCAUCACAGGCUUCGGCACUGCGGUCAUUCACCUCUCGACGUGGGCAGCCGCCAGCGCGCUCGGCUUCGAUGCCGCCCCGUUUGGCGCGCUCCUGCUCAAGUUCAUACCUGCCCGCCAGCUUGAGGCGGUGGUGGCCGUGUUGAUGCUUAUCAUGAUCCUGCUGAUCAACCGGACGCACUUGGCGCAUUUCUUGGCGGCCUCAUGGGCACGGCGCCCGCAUUGCUGCGGUGGUGCGCGCGCCCGCGGCGGUGCCAGCAAAUCCUUGGAGUCAGCGGCGGACAUCGCCGCGCCUGAGCGGCGGCGGAAUCAUCAGCAGCAGCGGCGGCAGCUUGACAGCAGCAGCGGAGACGAUGACUUGCUGCUGCCCUUGGUCGAGACUUACGAUCUCGGCAGCAGCAGCAGCAGCAGUAGUGACAGCGGCAGCAGCAGCAGGAGCCUCGGCAAUGGCGACGUCCCGGACGAGGCUGGGGCUGCAGCUUCUGUUUUCAGCAGCGCAGACGCCGUGGUCAACCUUGAAUCUGCGAGCGACAGCGGCAGCGAGGGCGGCCACGCGCUGCCAGAGCCACCCCCCGCCCCAAACCACACGGCGUCCGACACGUGGGGCCGCUUCUGGGGCCUUUUUGCGAUCGGCACGAUCACUGGCGUGUGCACUGGCGUGCUUGGCGGCGCAACUGGUAUCCACGGGCCCCCCAUGAUGAUCAUGUACGCCUGGCUGGGCGCCUCCAAGGACCAAGUGCGCGCCACCAACUCAUUGGUUGCCAUGGUGCAGGACCAGCUGAUUGGUUACUGGCUGUUUGGUCUGCUGCAUCGCGAGGAGGCCUGGCUUUACGUCAGCACCGCGGUCACCGGCGCGGUGGGACUGCUGCUCGGCCACUCGCUGCAGCGGCUGAUGAGCCAGCGCCACUUUGCUGGCGCGAUGACGGCCCUCAUGCUGCUUUGUGGUGCACUGAUGGUGUGUGCGGCUUCAGUGCCGCUCAGAGCAGGGGAUGGCGCGCUGUCAGACUUCGACCCCCAGCCAAUCCUGUUCACGACCAAGGCGCCGCUGCUGCGCGUUGGACGCCGGCCGAGCACCGCUGCGGCACCCGCAGGAGCGACCCAAGCAGCGCCUGCACCAUCUGUGGCACCCCUGGUGACGCUGGCUACACAAGUCAGCCUCGACCGCUGGCCGGCGUUCUCCCGCCAGGCCGCUGCAUGGGGUGGUCCCGCGUCUGUCGCCGUGUACUGCCCCUGCCCAGCUGGGGAUCCAAGCGCGGAAGCUGCGGAGCGACUGGUGUUCAGCCUGGCCCAGCACUACAGCGAACAGCACCCUCACCAAGACUUGGUGGUUUCGAUGCUUUACGCAAAGCACUAUGCGCGCGAGGGCGCGUCAGCACUGCCGCAGGGCGCGCCUGCACCCGAGGAUGCGCCAUCCUACGACCAGCUGUACCCCAUCAACGCGCUGCGGAACCUGGCUCUUUCACAGGUGACCACGCCACUGGUGCUGCAGGCUGACGCCGACCUGAUCCCCAGCGAGGGACUGGCGGAAGGGCUGAGUGGGGAGGAGGGCGCCUGCCCGCAGCUGUCGGCCGCGGCGCGUGCUGUGCUCGUCGCGGCCAGCACGCCCGGCGGGGCCCCUCUGAUGCUGGUCCUCCCGGUGUUCGAGGCCGCGACCCCAGCCACCGCUGCCGCCGCUGGCGGCCUUGCGGGAUCGACCGUGGUGUUGGAAAGCAGAGGCGGAGCUGCGGCAGCUGGGCAGGGCAAGCGGGAGGCUGGCAGCGACCCCCUGCCGCGGACCAAGGAGCGGCUCCGCCAGCUGGACAUUGCUGGCGGCCUGCGGCCGUUCCACUGCGGAGUGUUCCCGCAACAGACGCCAUCGGUCAACUACGAUGCGUGGUGGGCGCUUGGCGGCGGCAGCGACGGAAUGAGUACCGACCAUGGCGGCCAGGGCAGCGAGGGCUUGGACAGCCUGCUGGAUGCCAACUGGCAUGACAACUUUGAGCCGGUGGGGGUGGCGGCCGCGCGGCAGCUUCCGCCCUGGAGCGAGGCGUUCAGGGGUUACGGGCUCAACAAGGUGCAGAUGGGGACGCACCUGAAUUCCCUGGGGUUCAGGUUUAAGGUCUUUCCCAGGGCGUUUCUUGUGACAGCUCCGCACAAGCGCGCUGCCACGUGGAGGGCCGCGCCUGGCACGGCAGGGGACGAGGCGCAGCUGGCACGGGUGCGGCGGGUGUAUGCGCUGUUCAAGGAGCGGCUGGAGGAGAGGACGAUGGAUCGAUCCUCGGCUCCGGUCAAGAUACGUCUGCCCAAAGCACUCUUUGACGCGGCUGCGGCGUCGGGGAACGCUGCGCUUCUCAACACACCGGGGGACCCUGCUGGCGGAGGCAUCAAGGCGGCACGCGGCCGGCCUGUGCCCCGGCCGCUGGGGCGGCAGCAGCAGCAGCAGCAGCAGCAGCAGGGGUCAGGGCGCGUCGCCGGGGCCCUGGCGGGCGGCGCUGGAGGGCUGGAGGAUGCGUUCACAAAGGAAAGUGUCGCUUUCAGCAAUGCAGGUGUCACUGAUGACGCGCCGAGCGCUGCAGCUUCAGCAGGACAGCAUGCCGGUGGUGUUGUGGAUGGCGCGCCGGCCGUGGCGGCUGCGGUGGCGGCAAGCAUGUGCCUGCGGUACGAUCCCGGGGCGGGCGGCAGCUAUCCGCCGCGAACCCACCUGCUGGGUGGUAUCAGGGAAGACAUGGCUGCUGCGGCAUCCGCAACGGCAGCGGGGGGGGCUGCCGCCGCAGCAGCACCAACGAGCGGCGGGUGCGGCAGCGGCGGCGGCGGCCGGGCGGCGGCAGCUGCGGAGGACCCGUUUGCGUGGGUACCGGUUGGGGACGAUGGGGUGCUUGGCGGCGGGGGCAGCGAGGACGCGGCAGCAGCGACAAUACGGCCCAAGACCGCUCAGUUCCCAACAAAGACCGACGCGGCGCUGCCUCUGGAGUUCUUCGAUUCACCUGAGAUGGACGCGGCGGACCGGCCCGCGCUGCUCUCGGCCGCGCUGGCGGGCGGCGCGGCUGGGCUGCCUGCGCGGUCGAGGUUCUACGACCCCAGCGGCGCGUUUGGCUGGGCGGCGUGCACGGCGGUGGAGUAUGAUGGGUCUAAGGACCAGUGGCGCGUCGUGUGGGUUUCCAACGGACUGGCCAAGUGGGUGAAGCGGCUCAACCUGCUGUUUGACGGCGAGAGCGCGGCUGGCUUCAGAUUCCGGCUGCAGCAGGCGCGGCGGCGGCAGGCCGAGGCCGAGGCGGAGGCUCGCUACUGCCGCUACGUGGAGCGCCUGCCGCUGCACAACCGGUCGCUGCAGGACGCCCGCUGGCGGCGGCGCAUCGCGCGGCGUGUUGGGGGCGGCCUGGUCAGCAGGCACCCGGCGGCCUCUGAAGCCCUCUUCUCUGGGUGUGCCCAGCUGUACGCGUUCGCCGUCAACGCCGCGAUCGUGGACGGCCAGUUCGAGACGCCAGAGGGCGCGGUGCACCUGUCAUCUGCCGGCAUCGCGCCCGUGCGGGUGCCCCUGCAGCCUGCGCCCCGGCAGGGCUGCGUGCCGCUGGGAGGCCUGCCGCCGGGGCGUGAGGUCGCCGCGGCCAACGGUGUGAUCUGGAGCUCAGAGGACGUCGGGCAGCAGGGCUUUGCUGUGGCUCUGGCCCAGGUGGAGCGGCUGUCGCCGCUGGCGCACCCGCGGCUGCUCAACGCCCUGCAGCUGUACCAGGGGCUGAUGGACAUCUCGGGCCUGCCCCUGGUGGACACCACCCAAGCAGACCUGCAGCGGCCGGCGCCGCUGACCACAUUCAUGGUGGUCCAGAGGCAGCACCUCGAGACCCAGAUGGAGCUUCUGCAGUGCGACUGGGCCAUGAAGGCGUCCAACAUCUGCGAGGAGCUGCUCAGGAUUGGUGACAGGGCAAAUGCGGAGGGCCCUGGUGACAGCCUGGGAUAUGACGAAGAGGAGGACACGCCGGAAGGUGACAGGCGGCGGCAGGAGGUCCACCUGGAGGGCCCGCCCGCCGACCCCGCCGCCGCGCUGCGCUGCGCGCGGCUGAUCGCGCGCGUCAUGGGCCGCGACCUGGCUGGCUGCGUGCUGGCCAGCCUGGGGCGAUAUGCCGAAUUCUGGGAGGCACUGGACACUGCCCCUGGCGGCGCCGAGGCGCUGGCAGGCUAUCCCAGCGCCCACCCCGACGCCAUCACUGCCGCGGCACGCAACGGCAACGCGGGCGCAAGCACGCACGCGCACUGGCGCGCCACUCGCGGGCCCUUUGCGUCGUGGGGCGGCGACGCGUACACGCCGCACCCGCCGCCGCUGUUUGCGGCGCAGCUGGUGCUGCAGGGCGACUCCGUGGCGUUCAGCCCGCCGCUGGAGGAGCUGAGGGCGUCUGCGCUGGCCACGUUUGAUGCGGUGGUGGCGGCUGCCGGGCGCGUGGACGACGUGGCGGCAAAGGUGUGA